UUUCCUGAUGGCAAUCAAGGUUUUCUUAGCAGUUCUAUUGUUCCUGGUUUGUCGGGCGGCGGUGGUUCGACAGAGAGAUCACCGGUUCCUAUAUUCACUGGGAGUUAAAGAUGAAAAUAAAAGAGAUGGCAUAGCUAGAGAUGUCCGUUCUGCAAUGGUAAGAGAGCUAAGCACCAUGCUGCCAGCACCUACUGACCAAGAACAUGUAAUGAAAAGGUUCACGUUAAUGAUAACCCCACCCAUACCAGCUGGAUGUGAAUACAAUGGGAAGAUUUACCCUCCCGGAGACAUCCCAGAAUUGUCUGGUAAGAGGGGGAACUGUCAUUAUGGAGCUUACUGCGCGGAAUCUUCUGGAAGUUACAGCAUCAUACACUGGGACGGUAAAGGGUGCUUCCGGGCCAUUCGUAACACUGAGGAAACUAACACAAAAGAUCCUGAUAUGGCAUUGCCUUCCGACCAAGGAAUACACCGAAAUGGAACAAUUCUAACCCGAACACUAUCAGAACUAGGUCCGGAAGUCCACAAUUUCGAUAGAGAAGCUCCGGAAAUGGGACCAGUCAACAAUAAUAUGAAGUCUUUACACGAGGAAGUGGAGCGAUCAAAUGAUUUUUACAAUCCAGAGGAGAUGGUGGAACGGUCUGCUGAAAACUACGACGCAAACGAACACUAUUAAGGGGUGCAAACUUUGUUGUUUAAUGUUAUUAAACAGAAAAAAAAAAAUUAAAA